UUCUUUCCCUACAUACUUACAUAUUGAAGCAUAAAACAUAAGUUUGUGACAUGUUACUAUGUUUUAUCUAGGCAAGAUUAGUUAUUUAACCUCCCUUCUUUAUCUAAUUUUCUUCAUAUUCACACUUUUCUUGGAAGGUUUUUUUGUUAUUAGGGUGGAUUGCCUGAAUUUCAGCUACGCAAAUUUCCCCAAGCAAAACGAAAAUGAUUUCAUCACUACUAAUUAUUCCUUCAUAGGAUUGAAUGCUGCUAUGCAAGUAACAGGCGAUGCUCGUGGAACUACUAUCACAAACUUAUCUGGAAGAAUAUGGUAUCAUCAGCCUUUCAAGUUAUGGAAUCGAAAGAAGGACAUCACAGCAUCGUUUAAUUCCACGUUUGUGAUUAAUAUCACUCCUCAGAGUAAUCCAUGGGGUGAAGGAUUAGCUUUCAUAUUGACAAAGGAAAGUGGUCUUUAUUCCAUCCCAGAUAAUAGUGAUGGACAAUGGCUUGGAAUUGUGAAUGCAAGUACAAAUGGAUCUUUAUCAAACAACAUUUUUGCAGUUGAAUUUGACACAAGGAAAAGUUACUUUGAAGAUCUUGAUGAUAAUCAUGUUGGCAUUGACAUAAACAGCAUCUAUUCUAUCAAUCAAGCUUCUUUAACCGACCGUGGUGUUAAUCUUUCACGAGCUAUUGAUGUUAUAGCAAGUGUUGAGUAUGAUGGAGAAUCAAAGAUCUUGAAUGUUUAUGCAUUCAUGAGUAAUCAGACUGGGGACUUUAACGCGAGAAAUCCCAUCAUUUCCAUGCCUCUUGAUCUUUCCUAUCUUCCCGAGGAUGUUUUCGUGGGAUUUUCAGCUUCAACUGGGAUAUAUACUCAGCUGAACUGCAUAAAGGCAUGGAAUUUUACAAGCAUAGAAAUUGGUAAUGAUAAUGAUGGUAGCCUAUUAUGGUUGUGGAUCUUGAUACCAAUAAUAUCGGUUCUGGUUAUGUUUCUUGGCGGGGUUUUUAUAUAUUUCACCUGGAGGAGGAAAAAGAAGAGGAUGCAAGUGAUAGAUCAAGAUGAGAAAAUAGAGAUACUGAUUCGGAGUUCAGCUACUGCACCACAGAGAUUCCAGCUAAAGGACUUGAAACGAGGGACCGGGAGCUUUGAUCCCAGGAACAUUCUUGGAAGAGGAGGAUGUGGAGUAGUGUUCAAAGGGUUGCUAGCUGAUAAAGAGGUAGCUGUGAAGAGAUUCUUUAGAGAUUCAAGUCAAGGGGCAAAAGAUCUCAUAGCAGAAGUCACAACCAUUGGCAAUCUCCACCACAAAAACCUUGUCAAAUUGAUAGGAUGGUGCUAUGAAAGCAAUGAACUCCUUGUGGUCUAUGAGUUCAUGCCAAAUGGGAGCUUAGACAAGUUGAUAUUUUGUGAAGAAAAAGGUGAAAUCAGAGAAGGGUUGAGCCUGAGUUGGGAAAAAAGACGUGUCAUUAUCUGUGGCAUAGCUCAAGCACUGGAUUAUCUGCAUAAUGGGUGCGCGAAAAGAGUACUUCAUAGGGACAUAAAAGCCAGCAAUAUCAUGCUUGACUCAGAACUCAAUGCUCGGUUGGGAGAUUUUGGAUUGGCUAGGACAGUUCAAGUGAGUGGAAUGACUCACCAUUCGACGAAAGAGAUAGCUGGAACUCUUGGCUAUAUGGCUCCAGAGAGUUUCCUUAUAGGCCGAGCCACAGUUGAGACAGAUGUGUUUGCAUUUGGAGUGCUCAUUCUUGAAGUUGCCUGUGGUCGAAAACCUGGAAACCAAAAUGAGGAGAAUAUCUACAGCAACAGAAUCAUUGAAUAUGUGUGGGAUCUCUAUAAGAGUGAAAGGAUCAUUGAUGCCAUAGAUGUUCGAUUGGAUAGAGAAUUUGAUGAAGGGCAAGCUGAAUGUGUGUUAAUGUUAGGAUUGGCUUGCUGCCAGCCGAAUCCAUAUGAGAGGCCAAGCAUGAAAACUGCUUUACAGAUUCUAACAGGGGAAUCAGUUUUACCAACUAUUCCUACUGAGAAACCUGCAUUUGUGUGGCCAGCUAGAGCUCCAUCGUCGAAUGAUGCUGCAGGUGACUCUCUCAUGGAAGGCCAACUUACACCAAUUACAGUUCUCAGUGGCAGAUGAUACCUUCUAUGCCUUAGGUUUGUCUGAUUGGAAUGCAGAUUCUGAGGAACCUCAACAUUGUUCAAACUUAAGUGCUCAUAUAAUCUGCUGUCAAAACAGCUAACUAUUUAGGAGGCAAAAUAUACUUGUAAUUUCACAUUAGCAAGGCAAGAAUGUUGCCUUUUUUUUUUUGUGUGUGUGUGUGUGUUGGGAAGGGAAGGUUCCUUCUUCAGA